GACGGCUUUUCUGAUGUCUGCGGCUGGCCUCCCUGUGCGUCCAACUACUGUACCUUCACUCUCCAACCCAACCACGACCAGUAAACCUGAUAAAAAUCAAAGCUCAGUUAGGAGAUUGAGGAAAAUGCCAAAGAAAGCAGCAACUACUGAUCCUGAACAAGUUGUGAAGAGCUACCUUGAGAACUUGGACAAGCCCCCUGAAGAAGACUGUAUUAUCUGCAUGGAAACGUUGACUGCAGCGUCAGGAUAUACCGAUUCCUCAGAAAGCAAGAAGAUCAAACCUACUGCAGUGGGCAAGCUUAAGAAGUGUGGUCAUGCUUUCCAUCAGCUCUGCAUGUUGGCUAUGUAUAACAACGGAAACAAGGUACCGAGAGAAAUGCUGUUUAUUAUAGUUUUAUUAUUUUAAUACAGUAUUUACACCAUUUAAAGAAAACUAUUAAAGUGGUUACAUUAAGCAGGGCAAAAUAAAUAUAGACAUUUUAAUUCCAUACCACGUUGUCCCAAUGCUUCAUUAGUUUUCUUCACUCCUCCGUUACCUAGCUUAAAUGACCAUUAAAUACAGAACUG